AGCAGCCGGGUGUGCAGCAGCCGCCGCCGGAGCCGCAGGAAUCGCCUCAGCCGGAGCUGCCCCGCUGCUGUCGCGCGCUCAGGGAGCCGCCCGCCCGCCGCCACCUCCGCUUCGCCCGCGAGCCGAGCCCAGCCCAGCCCCGCUCCGCCCCGGCCGGGAAGAUGGUGGACCGCGAGCAGCUGGUGCAGAAAGCCCGGCUGGCCGAGCAAGCCGAGCGCUACGAUGACAUGGCGGCCGCCAUGAAGAACGUCACAGAGCUGAACGAGCCACUGUCCAAUGAAGAAAGGAACCUGUUGUCUGUAGCCUAUAAGAAUGUAGUGGGGGCACGGCGCUCUUCCUGGCGAGUAAUUAGUAGCAUUGAGCAGAAGACGUCUGCUGAUGGUAAUGAAAAGAAGAUAGAAAUGGUACGGGCCUACCGUGAGAAAAUAGAGAAGGAGUUGGAAGCUGUAUGCCAAGAUGUGCUGAGCCUGCUAGACAACUAUCUGAUCAAGAACUGCAGCGAGACACAGUAUGAGAGUAAGGUCUUUUACCUGAAGAUGAAAGGGGACUAUUAUCGUUACCUAGCUGAGGUGGCCACAGGAGAGAAGAGGGCAACUGUGGUGGAGUCUUCGGAGAAAGCCUAUAGCGAAGCCCAUGAGAUCAGCAAGGAGCACAUGCAACCAACUCAUCCCAUUAGGCUUGGUCUGGCACUUAACUACUCAGUUUUCUACUAUGAGAUCCAGAAUGCGCCUGAGCAGGCAUGCCACCUGGCCAAGACGGCUUUUGAUGAUGCCAUUGCUGAGCUGGACACCCUCAACGAGGACUCCUACAAAGACUCAACGCUCAUCAUGCAGCUCCUUCGUGACAACCUAACGCUCUGGACAAGCGAUCAGCAAGAUGACGACGGUGGAGAAGGCAACAAUUAGACCCCCAAAUGGACUGGCAGCCGCACGCUGAUGCUACUACUGCAGUCUUUAUUUUUUUCCCACGAGUGGGGGGGGGUCGGGGUGGGGGAGGGGAAGGGAAGGGUAACCUUCCCAGGGAGGCCCCCACGACCUGUCUUGAUUGCCUCUUUGACAUUUUUGCCAAAACACCACUAGUGGAAAGUCAGGCUGGCUGUGCUGGGUAUGGAAUGGCAGCCUCACACUGGCAUAUGGACUGUUCUGUAGAUUAAUAAUACAAGUGGAGCUGUCUUUAAUUUAACUUUAUUGCUAGAAAUAAAAGGGUUUAAAGAUGAAAUAACUUGAAUGAGAUGGCCCUCACUUUAAAAAAUGAAGUUCUGUGGUUCCAGUAAGGUUUAUGUGCAUGUGUCUCUUCAGUUCAAGUGCCGUAUGUUUACCACGUAGCAGUGCAUCCCCAGGGUGCGCUGUGCCUGUCAUGGCGUAGCUUACAAUCCCAAACUGAAACAACUUACAUUGCAGGGCUUCUAAAGCCCCAGGAUUUAGGCCAUUUAACUUUUUGUUAAGAUGUUUAUUAGGGUAGCUUACAGUAUUAACACUAAAUUACAGUUUACAGUAUUUCUACAUUACAGCCAUAUGUGACAUCAAGCCAUUGAUUGUACACUUUCUUUUGCUAACUCUCUUGGCUUGCCAUCCUUAUCCAGUCCCCUGUGGACUGGCUUGGCUAUCCUUUGUCUCCCAAGGCCAGAAGACUGCCUGAGGAACAUCAAAGCUGCUCUAGUUUUGAUCAGCAAAUUAACAGAUGCUUGGCAAGCGGCUGUUUAAACUGAGUCCACAGCAAAAGGAUUAAGAACUUAAUUAGAAAGGGGGGAAACGUUAAACUAAAACACCAUUAGAUAAAAAGAAUUCAGGUCUGUAUGUCAUGUACUGUUUGGUAUUUCAAAGACCAUCCUGAUUUAAGGUGCCACAGCUCCUUCCUCAGGGAUUACACUGCCAUUUCACUUUCCCCUGACUUUCUCCCACUCUACCAUGAGGUUUGUCAGCAGAUCUCUGUAGCGCCCAGACUCCUUGUUUUGUCUUCAUGGCAGCUCGGUGUUCAUUCUCCUGGGGAAGCUUGUGGUAUAAUGAGUGAAACCUCAGGAGCUUAGAAGCUCAUUUGGUAGAGAAACCCACAAAGGAAGAGCUACCAUCAUAAACAUUUCUGUCAACUCUCGGGAGCCCUGUAAAUUAGUUCUCUUCGAAAAUAUCCGUUUUCCAGAUCUGUUUGAUUUGGCUGGGAGAAAAUAAAGCUUACCAGGUAAUAUUUACCCCCAUCCGAGUAAAGAUUUUUUUUACACGAUUGUUGGAAGUUCACUGCCAUUUCCUUCUGAUUUCGCAGAUUGCUGAACUUCGUAGAUUUUUAACUAAAACUACGCAGUAGAAGAAACUGCGCUCAUUAAUGUCAUAUUCAAACAGGCUUUCACUAUUCCAUUUGGUAGUCAGUCUGUAAACAGAGCAUCUUGGUGUUGCAUAUACAGUACAAUCAGCUUUAUUGUACGGUUGGAUACAGAGUCUGGCUCCGUUGGACUUAAGGAGCUUUUUUUCCUUGAUGUGACAGCAAAGAUAACAAGUCAUCUUUAAGAAAGUGAGUUAAGAGGAAUGACCGAAAUGUAGCUAAAAUUCAUAACCAAGAGUGAGUUUGCAAUUAUAUCGUCAAAACUUUUAAAGGGAAUUUACAAUGGAAAUCAUGCAAAGAUAUGCUCAGUAGAAAUGACCAUGUGCACAUAUAUUUUAAAUGAAUGUGCUAUAUGCAACAUCACAAAGUUUACACAGUGACUUCAAAUGAAGCCCAACUCUGUAAACUUAAAAUAGCCUGAUUAAUGAUCCCUACUGGAAAGAUCAAUAGGAAGAGGCUUGCAGCUUAGGUAACUGACAGAAACCUACAGUAAAUGCCAUGGACUGGAAGAUUUAUUUAGGCUUCUUAACUUCGUGUCCAGUGAGCAGUGUUGUCCCUACCUGUAUAAUUUGGAAGUGAUUUACUGGAAUUACAAAACCUAUUUUUUAUUUCAGCUUUUGCUCUUGCUGCUUUAGAAAAUUAUGCAGGAAAGAUCACACGAGGGCUAAAAAAUGGAGUGGGGAUAGGGACGGGGACUUGAUUUUUAAGCAGCUUGAAUGGUUUCUUUCAUUUUUUUAAGAAAUGCACUUGCCUAUGAUACUGUCUCUCCAGUGAAAUGAUUACUGCUCCAUUACUCUAUUGAUACAAUAUUGUGCAUGCUAGUGUCGUAUUUCUAUACAGUAGCUUGAAAUUUAUUAACUUAUACUGUAGAUGUUAUGUAUUCCUAUGACAAACUAGUCUUCAAAAAUUUUUUAAAGUUUUUUUUAAUUUAUUUUUUUCUUUUGGGGGUAAAGUUUGCUCUACCAAAUAGUUAUCGUAACAAACUGAUCUGUUAUGGAUGUUGCUAUAGUGACAUGCAAUUAUAUAUGAUUUUGUUUUAAAAAAGGAAAAGCAAAAGAAACACCAGUGUUAGCUUAAUCUUAAUGUCUGGUGUAUGUCAUGGUGAAAUUAUAACUAUUACAGUGUAGGAGAGCAAUUACUAUGUUCUUUGAAUGAGCCUUUGUUUGUGCUUUUUGUCAUGUUAUGCAGUGAACUAUUUUUAAGGUCUAAUCAGUGAUUAUUUUUCCAACUCCGUGUUUCUGUAAGGAAUUAUUUCACUCACGGACCAUUCUUAGCAGUUUUCCUCAGUGAUGGAAUAUCAUGAAUGUGAGUCAUUAUGUAGCCGUCGUACAUUGAGCAAAUAAACUUACAGAUCUGAUGUCAGUGCUACUUAA